GAACGUGUGCUUGUCCAUGUCUACUGUCUCCCACUGAUUGAGCAGUCGGAAUCUCAACCAACCAUGUCUGGCGCACCGUCUCUCAGUUCCUCCCGUCGAUGCGAGGUUGCCGAGGAAACGCUGGCUGCUCUUGACCAGAGAUCCUACCUGACAUACGACAUUUCGUCUCAAUUAGCCUUCACCAAAGAAAACACCCGCUACUAUGCUCCCGAUGCCGAGCUAGGCCUUUGGUAUUCUGCAACCUUAUAUGAAUCACCUCAACCCACGAAGAUCUCAUUGUUGAGGAUCUCCACUUUGGAGGGCGCUAAAUUACUCGCCAACCAAGUUUCGUCUCAAGUACCCAAACCCAAGGUUGGCAUACUCAAUUUUGCAUCCGCGAAGAAUCCCGGAGGAGGGUUUCUAGAUGGCUCCCAAGCUCAGGAAGAAUCGAUUGCUCGUUCCUCGAGCUUGUACCUGAGCCUUACCACUCCGAUCGCCGAGCCCUAUUACACGAAUCACCGUCGUGAUCCAAAGGGAGGAUAUUACUCGCAUGCAAUGAUCUACUCUCCUCGUGUUGUCAUCAUUCGAGAUGAUGAAGGAGCGUGGGUAGAGCCUUUGGAAGUUGACAUUGUCACAAGCCCUGCUGUCAACGCCGGUGUGGUGAGAAAAUCAUCGCAAGUCACGGCCGACGCAAUCGAGGAAGUAAUGAGGGAGAGGAUGGCGAGAAUUAUGUAUCUCUUCGAGAGACAAGGCAUCCGUAACGUUGUUCUGGGGAGCUUUGGGACUGGCGCAUUCCGUAACGACGUUGGGAUGGUGGCUAGAAUUUGGACCGACCUCCUGCUUGAGGAUGGCGGCCGGUUCCAUGGAGCUUUCGAAAACGUCAUGUUUGCUGUACUGGGAGACGAAACAUUCCAAAGAUUCAAGGAGGUAUUCUCAUCCAAGGGGGUGUCAUAGAUGUUCCUACAUGCCGACCUGCACUAAUUGCGGCAACUAAGUAAUUGCAGACGUCUGACCGCGUUCUCGCCAGUCUCUAUCUUGUAGUUUUGUGUCAGAGAUAAUUGUCGUUUUUCGUGAACCAAAUGACUUACUUUGUCUAGCACCAAGUACUGCAAUGCUGGAUACACUCAG